AUGCAUUACUUGCGCCGACACCUAAAAUGCGAUGAAGUGACGCCCUCAUGCCAGCGAUGCGUGAAAUGGCAAGGGUUUUGUGAAGGAUACGACUCUCUCAGCGGCUCAUCAGCCUCCACCCCCGGCUCAGAAGACGCAGACACCACCAACAAGACAACAUCGCCAUCAUCAUCCGUCGUCCGCGUAACCAAAAGGAAGCCGCUCCUCGCAAACACCCGCCCCAGAUCGCAAUCCCAGUUGAUCGACGUCAGCCUCCCAAUCGAGCCCACCGAGAACCUCUUUGGAAAUGUCUUUGAACGCCAGUACUUUGACUACUGGCUCUCCCGCCGCGACCGCCUCGGCGGCGGCUUCUUCGACGAGCAGCUAUGGGCCAAGACCAUCCCGCAAAUGAGCCACCAGCACGCCUCCGUCCGGUACGCCGCCAUGGCCGUCGGCGGCAUCGGGAAAGCCCUCCUGCACAGCCUGAAGCCGACCACACCCGCUCAGCUAGGCGCAAAUGGGCCGCACUACGCCCUCGCCCUCUCGUACUACGGCCGCGCGAUCCGCGAGGUCCGCAAAGCCACCCGCGAAGAAACAGGCAGUCUCCGGGCCGCCAUCGUCUGCUGCCUGCUCUUUGUCUGCUUUGAGGUGCUCCACGGCGAUCGAAAGGCCGCCUUCGCCCUCAUCAACAGCGGGCAGACGAUGAUGGACGAGCUGCUGCGCCGGUGCGAGGAGGAGAAGAGCCGGGAUCAGAGUAUCAUCGGCGCCGAGGCCGUCGAGACGGAGGCGCUGCAUGUGUUUCAGCGGCUUAUCCAGCAGUCUUGGUCCUGCGGCGUGCUUCGGCGGCGGGAGCGGCGCUUCGUCGAGGGUGGGAAUCUUCCUGUUGAAGAGAAGAAGGACUCAUACUCCUCCGAGUCGUGGUGCUGCCAGGGUGGACCGGGGAGGAAGUGCGCCAUUCACAAGAUGCCUGCGACGUUCAGCAGUCUCCAGGAAGCUCGUCGGUGGUGGGACGUGACGCAGCACUACGUGACACACUCCUCCGACAUUGUCUGCCGCGUCACUCAGCUAGGACUCGACGAGGACUUCCUCUCCGAAUGCAACGAGCGCAUCCGCAGACAACUAGAAGAAAGCGAGCGAGCGCGGACCGGCGCCGCCAUCAACAAGCCGUUGUCAUCCUCGUCCGCCGUCGCAGCAGGGGCCGGAGAGACCGCCUCCCGCUGGCAAGACUUCAGAGACGCCCUAGCACGAUGGGAAACCGGCUUCGCGCCCCUCUGGACUGCCGCCCGCAAGCAGAAACUCUCAGACGAGAGAUCUUACAGCCAAGCAGCGCACCUCCGCGCACAAUACCUCACCCUCUCCAACUGCCUCGAGUCCCCCCUCGGCUGCAGCUACGAGCGCGUAGCCCGCCUCACCCCGCGCUUCCGCGAAGUCAUCCAGCUCUCCGCCGGCCUGUUGGCCUACCAAAAGCGCUCUUCCUUACCCGGCGAGAUCUUCACGAUGGACAUGGGUCCCACGUGGCCUCUCUUCCUUGCGGGGACGCGGUGUCGCGUACCCGAGCUGCGCAACGAGGCGAUUCGGCUGCUGCGUGAGAAUCCGCGGCGGGAUGGGUUGUGGGAUAGCCGGUUCUUUUACGCGCUGAUGAUGAGGAAUAAGAUGUUGGAGAUUUCGAAUUCGAGGGAGGGCACGCCGGAGGAGCAGUGGUGGCGUUUGCAGCAUCGGUCUGCGUGUGUUGAUGAGCAAGGGGCGUUGAUUGCCAAGGCGAUGGAUAAGAACCCGUUGACGGGGACGUGGGAUCUGGGGGAGGAUAAUGUGAGGCGGUUUCUGUUUGAUUGA